AUGCGUUUUACUCCUCAUAGAUCAAGCUCUUACAGCGACUCGGAUGUCGACUCGCUGUGGUCGCAGGAUUCUGAAGAAGAAGAGUUUCCAGUCGGUCCUCGAGACGGUGAUAGUGAAGAUGACGACGAGUUUAUAGAAGUGACCUAUGAGGAUGCUCUUGGACAAGAAGCAGGCGGCGAGGACGCGACGAGUGAUUGGUCUGAAGAUGAGAGUUUCCGUCUGUUUACCGAACAAAGAUCUGAACUGCUGAAAGAUCUGGAAAAGAGUAGUCUUCCGACUGGUGUUAGUGGUCUGCACGACCAAAAAAAACUAAAUACUGCAACUUUUACUAGUAGUAGUCCAGGAGACAGCUUUUUGAAUAGAAGUGCGACUGGAAGUAUGAGUAUGAACAUUCCGUUGAAAACACAAACACAACAACCAUCACAGCUGUCUUUUCAAAGGAAUACAAGUACUCCACUGAAAACACCGGGACAGAAUCAGCGUUCCACGACGCCGGCGGCCACUAAAUCAUUUCCUCAUGUGGGAAGUGUGACUAGCGAUAGUGGUAACAGAAGCUUCUCUAAUAAAGGAGCUAUUUCUUCGCCUGUUAAUGGAAGUGCCAGUGCAUCGAGAUAUCAGACAACAGUGUUAGAUAGUGAUCGAUCUUUUGGAUCCGAGGUGAACAUUUCACCAUCACUAAGAAGAACCAGUCGUAUCAUGAACCAGAUGCAAGUGACUGCCGAUAUCAACAAAUUAGAUGCCAUGGUCAACAAAUGGAGUAUAUCAAAUAUAGAAAAGUACGCUGAUCUCGUCAAAGACGAUGAGCAGACGAUACAGGACAAGCUGGAUCAACUGACAGACCAGUUCAAUCUUCAGAUCAUUUCGACAAAUGAGAAUGCCAAUAAUAUCGUCGCUCGACGUAAAAAGAGAGUCUCAGAUUUGAUCAACGAGCGAAUUCGGUACGAAGAAGAGAUCAAAGAACAAAAACGUCGUGAAGCAGAGGCUGAAAAAGAACGGCUGCGGAAACAACAGGAGGAACAAGCUAGAAUCCAACGGGAAUUAGAAGAAGCUAGAAAGAAACAAGAGGAAGAAAGAAAGAAACAGGAAGCUAUAGAUGUUGCUAAUGCAGAAGCCAGAAAAGAAGCUGAAAAGAAAGCAGCUGAAGAAGCCAAAGCCAAAGCUGCUGCUGAAGCGGCCGCUGCAAAGGCAGCAGCCGAAGAAGCAGCCAAAUCUCGGCAGUAUACAGACUGGACUAAAGUAGAUAAAGAGUUUGCUCAACGAAAAGCCAAGAUUGUGGAAAUCAAGGAGAAAAUCCUCGCGCCUGUCAGUGCUGAUGCCAAUCUUCGCAAAUACUGUUUUCAGAACAAACGUCAUAUUAAAGUCAAAUUAGGUCAAUUGACCGACUCACGAGGCCAAUUACAAACGAUUCUACGAGAACUAUUCGAUGUAUUUGAACAAGCUAAGAAGUUCAAUCAUCUCACUUAUUUAUGGCUACUGAACUUUUUCGCCAAAGGAGUAGUUGCACAAGCCGAGACCGAGACCAUUGUAGCAGUCCAAUCUGCCGUGCCACUAGGAACAUUGGCCACUUUCUGUAUGGCUCAGUUCCCGGAAUUGGUCGAUUUGCUAUUAGCACGAUUCGUGAAAAAGUGUCCUCAAGUGAUAGGUUACUCAUGCAACAUUGACACUGAAGAGGGCCGGAUCCGUAUGGGAUACAAACGAAAGAACGAGAAAUGGGAAGACGAUGCUGUCUACUCAGAACGAGUGUCUGGAAUGUGUUCUGUAUGGACAGUUAUCACCAUGACCGAACAACUCAAAGGAACACCGUUCAACCACCCAUACCCGUUCUCAAACACCUGGCGAUUCCUUGCUCGCCAGCUCAAUAAAGACCCCGAACUCGUUCAAAACGGCGACUUUGCCGCCGUGGCUGCCUGGUGGGACAUUGCCUCAGAACGGUUUGUCCAAGUGUACGGCCGCCAGGCCAUCAAAGCCCUUCAACUGGCAUCUGGACCCUGGGCCAUGCUGAAACCCGACCAGCGGUUCCCAGCAGCUCUCCGUCUGCAACUCCUCGGCGAGGAAUGGCGCAAAAAGGGCAAACUCUCGGUGGUCGUUAAGCCCAUGCUCCCUUAA